AACUCCGCGAAUGUGCAUAUGUUUGUUAUUAGUUUCUGACACUAUACUUAGGUCCAGAAAUCAAUCUAAACACACAAAAAACGGAGAUGAAGACUGUUAUUGUGGGCAUUGGAGGAAUAACCAAUGGAGGGAAGUCUACACUAGCGACGAGGCUGCACCAGCAAAUCCCCAACAGCUGUCUCAUCGCUCAAGACGCGUAUUUUAAAGAGGAUUCUGUGGUGCCAGUCGAUUCAAAGGGAUUCAAGCAAUAUGAUGUGCUGGAGGCUCUUUACAUGGACCAGAUGACUGCUCACAUAGAGUCGUGGAGGAGAGACCCAGAGAGUUUUAUGAAGCAGAAAGGCGUACAAACCAUGAAUGAAUCUCCUCUAGGCAGAGAGGUGUUUGUUCUGAUUGUGGAAGGCUUUCUUAUAUACAACUACAGGCCUCUGAACAGUUUAUAUGACAAAAAGUACUUCUUGGAGGUACCGUACGAUAUUUGCAAGACAAGACGAAGUAAUCGUGUUUACGUCCCGCCGGACCCUCCUGGAUAUUUUGACAGACAUGUUUGGCCAAUGUACCUCAAAAACCGCAAAGAAAUGGAAGCAAUGCUGUCGGACAUAGUGUUUGUAGACGGACUGCAGGAGAAGGAGCAGCUGUUAGCUUUUGUGUACAAAGAUGUCAUGGAAAUCAUAGAGGUGCUCAGAGAAAAAUAAUGAAAUCUGGAUCACUGUAAUUUUCAGACAUGCU